AUGUCAUCUUUGAUCAGGAAGGUCAUCAGCACCGAAAAAGCCCCAGCGGCCACUGGUCCCUACAGUCAGGCCGUGUUAGUCGACAGGACCGUUUACAUUUCAGGACAGCUAGGCAUGGACCCUGCAAGUGGACAGCUUGUGCCAGGAGAGGUGGCAGUAGAGGCUAAACAAGCUUUUACACACUUGGGUGAAAUUCUGAAAGCUGCAGAGCAUGACUUCACAAAUGUGGUAAAAGCAACUGUUUUGCUGGUGGACAUAAAUGACUUCCAUACUGUCAGGGACAUCUACAAACAAUAUUUGCAGAGUAGUUUUCCUGCAAGAGCUGCUUACCAUGUUGCUGCUUUGCCCAAAGGAGGCCGUGUUGAGACUGAAGCAGGAGCUGUCCGAGAACCUCUCACGACAGCAUCACUCUAA